CAUGGAUUUUUUGCAACAGGUGAUGAACUCAAAAAAGAAGUGGAAAAAAACUCCACACAGUGCACCGUGUACACUGAGCCGUACUAUUGAUCACUGACUGGUAGCACAAAAGUUGGUUUUGCAAAGUACACGAAAUCAUUGUAGCGUUUUGCGAAAACGAGUGGUGUACCCUAUGAAGGAACUGCAUGUGUAUGUUCUUUGCUAACUCUCACUUGUUGCUGCGGUUGUGGCUUGUACUUGAUUCUCGUGCAUAGAAUCAGUCUAAAGGCAUUUGGAACCAAAAGAAUGCUUCAUUCAUUGUACGGAGCUGCACUAAUUUGGACGGCGUUGGUUUAUCAACUAAUGACGUCAUCAAAUGCGCAGACUACCGGACCUGGAUAUUUGGGGUGCUUUGAAGAUGGGACAUGGAGAGGUCGGGAUUUGAGUGGGGAUUCAACAACCUCCAACAGCUUGUCCGUGGAGUGGUGUUUCAAUUACUGUGGCAGUAGAUCUUAUAAAUAUGCUGGUGUAGAAUCUGAGACGGAGUGUUACUGCGGAAACAACGAGGAUUAUGGAAGACGUGGGACAGCAAAAGAAUCAGAGUGCCGGAAUAUUUGUCCAGGCAACUCAAACCAAUACUGCGGUGGUCAUUGGCGAAUAUCAAUCUACAAAAUUUCCGAAGGAGUUUGCAAUAAUGUAAUUGGCCCACCAGCCCACGGGAGCCAUGAAGUCACAAAUCCUACCCACGUCUCUUAUAGUUUAGCCAACUCCAAGUUCUUCGGUACCCAUGUAAGCUUCGUGUGUAACACUGGGUACGUUAUUCAAGGAGCCGAGACCAUCGAAUGUAUAAAGAGGGAAAACAUUGCAGAAUGGAGCAACUCUGUACCAACAUGCACAGCAGUUGUACCACCGACAACUUUUUCAUACACAGCAUCGCCCCCGACAACGACCCAGACUAAUAACACACCCAUGGCAAUGACAACUGUUUCACACACAGUUACAAGUGUAGUGCCCACGACUACGAACCAGACUAACAACAUGAUAGUGACCGCCUCGUCGGGAGGGCCAUCGAGUGACCCUGGUGACACCACUGAUGGGCGAGAGAUACCCAACCCACAAACAUCCAAAACAGGGGCUUUCAUUGGAAUAGCAGUUGGAGUAAUCGUAUCCUUGAUGAUUUUCAUUGUGAUUGUCAUUAUUACCUUCAGAAAGAGGCAAAAAAGAAGAGACGGGGGAAUAAAUGGUGCCAAUGGUACAGUCAACACGAAACAAGCUGACGUCACUCCAGGGUUAGCCUACGAAACUCCAAGCCGUCUGGGUACAGUUAACUCAAACCCACCAGAAUAUGACGUCAUUAAAGACUCAACGUACGAAACUUCAAGUCCUAAGAGCGCAAUUAAUCCCAAUUCGUCGGAAUAUGACGUCAUUACUGACUCAACGUAUGAAACUCCAAGCCCUGCAGCUGCAGUCAAUCCGAAUUCGAAAGAAUCUGAUGUCACUACAAGUGCGAUGUCAGCGUACGAGAUUCCUAAUCCGCCUCCAACAAAUAAAAACCACAAAUUCACUCAAGAGCAGUCCAGUAAUGACAUUGUUCACGAGUAUGCAGAUAUCAAGUUGACGUCACUGAGUCAGAAUUAGACCAGGCUGAUGACGUCAUGACUUGAUUCCGAGUCAUAUCGACACACCCCUUUCAGGUGUUGAGGUGGAAUAAAUAAUCAUAAAAAAGGUCAAUUCGGAUCAGAGAGUUUGUAAAAAGCAAGAAAAUGACAAUUUGAGAAAUAAUUCUAGCAACAUUGCUUGUAUAAAAUGCCCUGUCGAGUACACUUUAAAUGGAAAUGCCAUGUAGAAAGAUCAUAAUAGCUUUUAAAAAAGGGGGACAUCUUUACUAAUGUUUUUUCUCGCAUUAGCCUCAUUUCAAAAACCUUUUGAUGUUGUCACAAGUCAAUGCUUUGAGAACGUUCUCUGCAUAAGCAUGUUGUAAGUUUAGAGAAGGGAAAAGGUUUUAAAAGGAUGGAAGUUUCCUUUAUAAUCCGGGGUUGGUCUGGAAAUAAAGGCUGUGUUUCUCCCUCCGACAAAAUUAAUAGGAACUCGUUGAGCACGUCACACUUAUUAAACUUUUUUUUUUUGGGGGGGGGGUAC